AUGAAGUUUACCACAACCUACUCUUACGCCGCAACGCUCCUCGUCGGACUGGCCACCGCUUCCCCGCUGGCCGACUCGUCCGUUGCCAGGCGAGGCGGAUUUACCGCUUCCGAUUUCCUGUACGAACGAGUACUGCUCGUCCGCUGCCUUGAGGAUUUCUGUCAGCCGGACGGGCGGGCUGCCCUCUCGAACUGGGCUACGUCGUUGGUAAGCUGGGUCGAUAAUAAAGCAGACCUUGACCAGGCCUUGAAGGAGUGCACGCGUGGCUGUACCCAGGGCGUCUUGAGCGGUAUUAAGCCGCAGUCGGGCAUGGAAAAAAUUUUCGAAAAGGAGGAAAAGGCAGAAAAGAAGGAAAAGGAGGAAAAGGCGGAAAAGGAGGAAAAGGAAGAAAAGGCGGAAAAGGAGGAAAAGGAAGAAAAGGAGGAAAAGGAGGAAAAGGAGUAA